AACCAGAAAUGCACAUUCUGGAAGAGUGAUCUAGCUGACUGACGUCUCAUCAGUUGCUAUGGGUACGGCAUCCUCUCUGGUGAGCCCCGGUGAGGUGAUUGAGGAUGCAUACGGUGGUGAGGGAGGAGAGGCAUGUGAGAUACCGGUGGAGGUGAAGCCAAAAGCACGUCUGCUGCGGAGCUCCUUUCGCCGCGGGCCUCGUGUCAUCGGCGCCAGUUUCAAAUCCACCGGAUCGGUGGAACUGGAGUAUGCGGCGGAGUAUGAGCGCCUCAGGAAAGAAUACGAGAUCUUCAGGGUCAGCAAGAACAAUGAGAUCGCCUCCAUGCAGAAGAAAGAAGCCAAGCUAGAUGAGGAGAACAAGAGGCUGCGUGCUGAGCUGCAGGCUCUUCAGAAGACUUACCAGAAGAUUCUACGAGAGAAGGAAAGUGCCCUGGAGGCAAAGUAUCAAGCCAUGGAGAGAGCUGCCACUUUUGAGCACGACAGAGACAAGGUCAAACGGCAGUUUAAGAUAUUUCGGGAGACUAAAGAAAAGGAAAUUCAGGAUUUGCUGCGGGCUAAACGAGAUCUGGAGUCAAAACUUCAACAGCUGCAGGCUCAGGGCAUUCAGAUUUAUGAUCCAGCAGACUCGGAUUCAGACGACAACCACACCACUGUCACCACCGCAGGAACACAGUGUGAGGACUGGAGUGGUGGUGUGUUGGGCAGCGAGCCGUCUAUGGGCAGUAUGAUGCAGUUACAGCAGACACACAGAGGUCCGGAGUUUGCUCACAGUCUCAUCGACGUGGAGGGGCCGUUUGCCAAUGUCAGCAGAGAUGAUUGGGAUGCAGCCGUGGCUAGUCUGCUGCAGGUUUCUCCUCACGUCUCUCAGGCUCUGUGGAGUAACACAGUCCGCUGCUACUUCAUAUACACACAGGAGACCAAAGCAGAGCUGCAGACCUUUAUACAGACUCAUUCUUUGAGGCUGCAGAGGUUUUGUGAGGGUUUGGGCUAUUUCUGCCUGAAUGUGUCAUUUCCUGAGGAGAAGGCCGCUCUAUAUGCUGCUGAACGCAGGCAGGAGAUCGAGAGGAGCUCUGUGUGUGUGCUGCUACUCAAGUCCUCAGUAUCCAGUUGUGUUGUAGAGGACGUGGAGGAGGCGUUUGUGAAGACACCAGACUCUCGUCCUCUUUUGCUGUAUUUGCGAACGGGUGACAGAAAAGGAGAAAAGGAGGAGGUGUCCACCCUCAGUCCAGCCACCAGAGACCUGCUGGAGAGAGUUAACAAAGCUGACAAAAGUGCCAAACUCAAGGUAGUGGAUCAUGCAGGCUCUGUAGAGGAAGGAGCUUCUCUUAUCUCCUCUCAACUUGAAAGAAUUAUCAAACAGGAGUUGUUGGGAUUGGAGUUAGAGGAGAGUGGGGCGGAGGAGGAGAGGGAAGAGGAAGACUCUGGUGAUGUGCUGUGGGAUCUUCAUGAUGAGCAGGAACAGAUCGAGGCAUUCCAGCAGGCCUGUAGCGCUGCUGCAAAAUAUAGCUUCCAGAAGUAUGUCGACCGACUCAAUGACAUGGUAGCUGCCCCUCCUCCCACUCCACCGCUGCUGGUGUCUGGUGCACCUGGAUCGGGCAAAUCUCUUUUGCUGGCUAAUUGGAUAGAGUUACAGCAGAAACACUCUCCCAAUACUCUCAUCCUUUAUCACUUCACGGGACGUCCGCUCUCUACCAGCACAGACCCUGUGCUCAUCAUUAAACGCCUCACAGUGAAGCUGCUCCAGCAUUUCUGGUCUAUCUCCGGCCUCUCGAUGGACCCUUCUAAGAUCCUCGAGGAGUUCCCACGCUGGCUAGAGAGACUUUCCGCACGCCACCAUGGCAACAUUAUAAUCAUCAUUGACUCAAUUGACCAAAUACAGAAUGCCGAGCGGCACAUGAAGUGGCUGAUUGAUCCUCUUCCUGCUAAUGUGAGAGUUAUGGUGUCAGUUAAUGUGGAGACCUGCCCACAGGCAUGGAGAUUGUGGCCCACACUGCACCUGGACCCACUCAAUCCUAUAGAGGUGAAGAGUGUCAUCAGCACAGAGUGUGUGAACACCGAUCUCAAACUCACUAAAGAUCAGGAAAAAAAGUUGGAGAGACACUGUCGUUCAGCUGGAACAUGCAAUGCACUCUAUAUCUCUCUACUGGCCAGACUUAUUACACAUUCCAGAUCCUCCUGGACGUUGGACAUGACUCUACAACAGUGCGCGUUGUGUCAAGACACAGUAUCACUAUACAGACUGGGCCUGAAGUUGGCUUUAGACUCACUCAGCACAGAUAAGGAAAAAAACAUCAUGAAAGAGUUAUUGUGCCUGGUAUGUGCCAGUCACAACGGCAUCAGUGAAUCAGAGGCUUUGGAGCUGUUCCCAGACCUCAGUUUUCCCGCUCUCACCUCACUACUCUACAAUCUGGAGAGACUCCUCAUCAUUACUUACGCCUGUGGACUCAUUCGCUUUCAGCACCCACAGGCUUGUGAAGCGGUCAACCAAGAGUUUCUGGAUGGGGGCAAAUGCUGUGGAUCCUACAGAGAGAAAAUCAUCCAGUUCUUUAGUCAACAGCUGGAGCAAGACAGAGUGACAUGGAGGGUGGCUGAUGAGUUGCCAUGGUUACUUCAGCAGCAGGAGGAUCGAAGUAAACUCCAGAUGAGUCUGCUUAACCUGUUUGUGUCCCAAAACCUUUACAAGAGGGGUCAUUUCUCAGAGCUGCUGGCGUACUGGCAGUUUGUUGGUAAGGAUAAGAGCUCGAUGGCGACAGAGUAUUUCGACUCAUUGAAGGAGUUUGAGAAGACAUGUGAGAGUGAGCAGAGCAUGAGCCGACUGGCCAACCUGUACGAGACGCUGGGCCGUUUCCUCAAAGACCUGGGACUGCUCAGCCAGGCGGUGGCCCCCUUGCAGCGCUCCUUAGAGAUCCGUGAGACGGCUCUGGACCCGGACCACCCAAGUGUGGCUCAGUCCCUGCACCAGCUGGCUGGGGUUUACGUCCAUUGGAGGAAAUUUGGAAACGCAGAGCAGUUCUACAAACAAGCUAUGGAGAUUUGUGAAAACGCUUAUGGCCCCGAACACAGCACCGUCGCUAGAGAACUAGACUCGCUCUCGCUCCUCUACCAGAAACAAAACAAAUAUGAGCAGGCUGAGAAGUUGAGAAAGAGAUCAGUCAAGAUCAGACAGAAGACGGCACGACAGAAGGGCCACAUGUUUGGUUUCACACUUUUGAAGCGACGGGCACUGCAGUUGGAGGAACUGACUCUUGGCAAAGACUCAGCAGAUUGUGCCAAGACUCUAAAUGAGCUUGGAGUGCUUUAUUACCUACAGAACAACCUGGACGCCGCAAAGAUGUUCUUGACCCGAUCCCUGGAGAUGCGUCAGCGCGUGUUGGGGCCAGAUCACCCCGACUGUGCCCAGUCUCUGAACAACCUGGCCUCGCUCCACAGCGAAAGAAAGGAGUAUGAGAAUGCCGAGGAGUUGUACGAAAAAGCACUAGACAUCCGCAAACGAGCGCUCGCCCCAGAUCACCCAUCUCUUGCCUAUACCCUCAAACACUUGGCAAUGCUCUACAAACGCAGGGGGAAGCUGGAAAAGGCAGUUCCUCUGUAUGAACUAGCUCUUGAAAUCAGAGAGAAGAGCUUCGGGCCCAAACACCCCAGUGUGGCCACUGCUUUGGUUAACCUUGCAGUGCUCUACUGCCAACUAAAGCAGCACAGUGAUGCACUGCCUUUGUAUGAGCACGCUCUAAAGGUAUACGAGGACAGUCUUGGCCGACUGCACCCGCGUGUCGGAGAGACUCUAAAAAACCUGGCUGUACUAAGCUAUGAAGAGGGAGAUUUCGAGAAAGCUGCUGAACUGUACAAGCGAGCAAUGGAAAUAAAGGAGGCAGAGCCAUCUCUGGUGUGUGGUAAGGCCCCCUCACAUCACUCAUCCAGCGGCGACACCUUUAGCCUGCGAAGCCCCGCCCUUCCUCACGCCUCAAGGUGACACCUGAACGGGACCCCUCAACACUUAACUACGGUGUACUCUG